AUGGAGAAGUUAAUAUUGUCUAACAGUGAAGUUGUUGGUCAUGAGAGUGUAUUUGAUGUUGUAUUGUUUUUGCUGUUUCUUAGUCGAGAUUCAACUGCUGCUGGCCAGACAGCUGAUGCCCUUUUGUGUGGAACUGGAGUAAAGAGUGUUGUGGAUGUGCCGUUUGAAUUGACUUUUAUGAGGCCAGCACCUCCAGUUUAUUCAUGUGAUGACGAUGUUGUAUGGCUCAAUCCUUUGGAAGCAAAAUUUGUCCCAGAAUGGGAUACAGCCAUGUGUGUAAGCAAUACCGGAGGUAUGGAAGUGCGCAAACUAAUGACAAAAGCCUUUAAGGGACCACUAGUUCUUCAACAACAGCAGCAAGUUUUGAGUGAAAUAGACAAGGAUCCAAAAUUGGUGUAUCACAUUGGUCUGACGCCAACUAAGCUACCUGAUCUUGUUGAAAACAAUCCACUUAUUGCUAUUGAAGUUCUUCUUAAGUUGAUGUCAUCUAAUCAGAUAACAGAGUAUUUCUCAGUGCUUGUCAAUAUGGAAAUGUCAUUGCACUCAAUGGAAGUUGUCAAUAGGCUUACAACUGCAGUUGACCUUCCGAAGGAAUUUAUACAUCUGUACAUUUCAAACUGCAUAUCGAGCUGUGAAACAAUCAAGGAUAAAUACAUUCAGAACCGACUUGUUAGAUUGGUUUGUGUGUUUCUACAAUCAUUGAUAAGAAACAAGAUAAUUGACGUGAAAGAUUUGUUUAUUGAAGUUCAAGCUUUCUGUAUUGAGUUUAGUCGUAUUCGUGAAGCAGCAGGGCUCUUUCGGCUUCUGAAAUCUUUGGACAAUGGCGAGGGCAGCGGAUCAGCAACAGGUGUAACCUCAACGUCUUCAAAAUAGGUCGUGAGCAUAAAUAUGCGGUAUUUUAUUACUGAAUGCUGAGUGGCUUAGAACUGUAACCACUCUAGACACUUCCAUAAUAAUUGUUUUCUAGAUGUUUGCGGAUAACGGACAUUGCUUUGGGUUAUAGCUAGAGUUUGUAAUUGGUAGAAGUAUACAACAUAGAUAGCUUUCAUGCA